AUGGCUGAUUUCGAGAAAGGGCAAGGUGCUCCUCCGCCUUACAAUACAGGAUACCCUCCUCAGCAAGGUUAUCCUCCUCAGCAAGGUUAUCCUCCUCAGCAAGGUUACCCUCCUCAACAAGGUUAUCCUCCUCAGCAAGGUUACCCUCCCCAGGGAUACCAGGCACCUGCAGCUCAGGGAGGGUACUAUAAUGCUAAUGAUGGACUUGAAGCUGGUCAUGGCAGUGAACAAGAUGAUUAUCUGAUUCAAUCGGGGAGAUUUGGAGAUGCUGAUGUUAGACGUGGAUUCAUCCGUAAAGUGUACGGAAUUCUGUCCAUCCAAUUUGCUAUCACUACCAUUUUCACAAUAUUUUUCUGUUACAGUGAUAGUGCCAAAGCAUGGGCCAUAACCCCUGCUGGAAAUGCUGUAAUGUGGGCAAACCUAGCCGUAUUGAUUGUUACUGAAAUUGCUCUGAUUUGCUGUGAAGGUGUGAGAAGGAAGCACCCUGUUAAUCUGGUGGUCCUCUUUAUCUUCACCUGCUCAAUGUCACUCUUUGUGGGCAUAAUUGCAUCCACAUACGAGCCGCAAGCUGUCUUGACUGCUGCUGGCGCCACAGCCCUGAUUGUGUUAGCUCUCACCAUUUUCUCUUUCCAAACAAAGUUUGAUUUCACUGGAAUGGGGCCUUAUCUCUUUGUCGUUCUUGUUUGCUUCAUGAUAUUUGGCUUCUUUGCAGCGAUUUUCCGAAGCAAUACAGCAAAUAUCGUGUAUGCUUGUCUGGGUGUGCUGAUUUUCAGCAUGUAUCUUGUCUAUGAUACACAACUGCUUGUGGGAGGAAAGAAGUACCAGCUGAGUGAAGAGGAGUAUGUCUUUGGGGCACUCACCAUCUACAUCGACGUUAUCCAAAUAUUCCUUUACCUUCUGGAACUCUUCGGAAGGAGAUAA